CGAGUCCCGGGAGUCUUAAGGCGCCACUGCGCGGGCCGGGCCUGGCCUCUGCCUGUGUCGCUGGCCUCUGUCUGUACCGCUCGUCUCGCCGCUGCGCCGCGCCGCACCAUGGAGGGCUACCACAAGCCGGACCAGCAGAAGCUGCAGGCCCUGAAGGACACGGCCAACCGCCUGCGCAUCAGCUCCAUUCAGGCCACCACGGCCGCGGGCUCCGGCCACCCCACAUCCUGCUGCAGCUCUGCUGAGAUCAUGGCUGUGCUCUUCUUCCACACCAUGCGCUAUAAGUCCCAGGACCCCCGCAACCCACACAACGACCGCUUUGUGCUCUCCAAGGGCCAUGCGGCUCCCAUCCUGUAUGCCGUCUGGGCUGAGGCAGGCUUCCUGCCAGAGGCAGAGCUGCUGAACCUGCGCAAGAUAAGCUCUGACCUGGAUGGGCACCCUGUCCCGAAACAAGCCUUCACUGACGUGGCCACUGGCUCCCUGGGCCAGGGACUGGGCGCCGCCUGCGGGAUGGCCUACACCGGCAAAUACUUUGACAAGGCCAGUUACCGUGUCUACUGCGUGCUGGGCGACGGGGAGCUGUCAGAGGGUUCUGUUUGGGAGGCCAUGGCCUUUGCAGGCAUCUACAAACUGGACAACCUGGUGGCCAUUCUUGACAUCAACCGCCUGGGCCAGAGUGACCCAGCCCCACUGCAGCACCAGGUGGAUGUGUACCAGAAGCGCUGCGAGGCCUUUGGCUGGCACGCCAUCAUUGUGGACGGACACAGUGUGGAGGAGCUGUGUAAGGCAUUUGGCCAAGCCAAGCACCAGCCGACAGCCAUCAUUGCCAAGACUUUCAAGGGCCGAGGGAUUGCAGGGAUUGAAGACAAGGAGGCUUGGCAUGGCAAGCCCUUGCCCAAGAACAUGGCGGACCAGACAAUCCAAGAGAUCUACAGCCUGAUCCAGAGCAAAAAGAAGAUCCUGGCCACCCCCCCACAGGAGGAUGCUCCCUCGGUGGAUAUUGCCAACAUUCGAAUGCCUACCCCACCCAGCUACAAAGUUGGGGACAAGAUCGCCACCCGCAAGGCCUAUGGGCAGGCCUUGGCCAAGCUGGGUCAUGGCAGUGACCGCGUGAUUGCCCUGGAUGGGGACACCAAGAAUUCCACCUUCUCAGACCUCUUCAAAAAGGAGCACCCAGACCGCUUCAUUGAAUGCUACAUAGCCGAGCAGAACAUGGUGAGCAUCGCAGUGGGCUGCGCCACUCGCAAUAGGACGGUGCCCUUCUGCAGCACCUUUGCUGCCUUCUUCACCAGGGCCUUCGACCAGAUCCGCAUGGCUGCCAUCUCUGAGAGUAACAUCAACCUCUGCGGCUCCCACUGCGGCGUGUCCAUCGGUGAGGAUGGGCCCUCCCAGAUGGCACUGGAAGACUUGGCCAUGUUCCGAGCAGUCCCCAUGUGCACUGUCUUCUACCCUAGUGACGGUGUGUCCACAGAGAAGGCUGUGGAACUAGCAGCCAACACCAAGGGUAUCUGCUUCAUCCGCACCAGCCGCCCAGAAAAUGCCAUCAUCUACAACAGCAAUGAGGACUUCCAAGUGGGCCAGGCCAAGGUGGUUCUGAAGAGCAAGGAUGACCAGGUGACUGUGAUUGGGGCUGGAGUGACCCUGCACGAAGCCCUGGCCGCUGCUGACCUGCUGAAGAAAGAAAAGAUCAGCAUUCGAGUGCUGGACCCCUUCACCAUCAAGCCCCUGGACAAGAAACUCAUUCUAGAUAGUGCUCGGGCCACCAAGGGCCGGAUCCUCACUGUGGAGGACCAUUACUAUGAAGGUGGCAUUGGCGAGGCGGUGUGCUCCGCAGUGGUGGGGGAGCCCGGCAUCACUGUUACCCGCCUGGCAGUUAGCCAGAUCCCCAGGAGUGGGAAGCCGGCUGAGCUGCUGAAGAUGUUUGGCAUCGACAAGGACGCCAUUGCACAGGCUGUUAGGGGCCUGGUGGCCAAGGCCUAAGGGUGCACCCCUCAUGUUCCCCCAAGGUGCCCUGGGGGACUGGGUUCCAAGAGCUGAAGUGAAUAUAGGUUUUGAGAAAAAUGAA